AUGGUCUGCAGUUGUUCGGAAAUGAAUUCGUCUUCGCUUCACUGUAAUCGACCGAGAAGCUACUCAGAACCUUUCCGACAAAGACGAAGCUCCAUUGUGUUAACUCCUGCUGUCUUGAGUGAAUAUGCACGAGGAGGUGAAGAUGCAGCAAUGUUCAAAAGACAAUACGAACAAGCUUAUUACAAUGUUUACGGCUCGCAUAUUCCCCAAAACAACAUUGCAACCUUGGACAUGACUAUUCCGUGGAGCGAUCAAACGGUGUAUUCCAGGUACAGCUCAGAUCCGCGACUCAAUGCAUUAGGUUUCUUUGAUGUCCCAAGGAGAUCUUUUUCUCGCUGUUCUCAGUUGAACUAA